AUGGGGCCCUUCCUUCGAGCCCGGCCCACGCGCUGUGGUGCCACGUCAGGCCAGGCCCCGGCGCCAGGGGAUCGGGGCAGCCUCAGACGCAGCAUCAGCGAGGCCAACCUCAGCGAGAGGCGCCGGGUGCGUCGUAAAAACGUCAAGAGCAUGAUGGUGCUGCAAGCGGGACGGCAGACUGGGGGGCAAGAGGAGGAGGAGGUGGGGCCGGCAGAGGCACCAAAUGAGGCACCAGGCACUCUCAGCACGGAGGAAUAUGUCCAGAGUCUGGUUCGGCCUCCAAGACGUACCCCGUUCUUUAUCCUUCUUCAGGGCUACACCGAGAAGCAGGACUUCCUCAUCUACCCGAUGCCUGGCAAGACCCACACCUUCGGCCAGGCUCCCUCGUCCCCCUCCUCCUCCCCUUUACCCUCCUCCUCCUCCUCCUCUUCCCAGUCUCCUCCACCCCCCAUUGCUGACACCCCCCUCAACUCCCCUGACCUCCUGCCCCUCCACUGCCGUGUGCGGCUGUCAGCGGAACCUGGCCACCCCUCACCCUCCCAAUCCCCGGCCCGAGUCCGGCCCUACCACCGAGCCCUGGUCACUCUUAAUGGUCUGCCGCUGUCCUCAGAGGCUCCGCUACGGCCAGGCGACCUCCUGGGCCUUGGUCAGCACGUCCUGCUGAUGUACAGGGACCCAAGGCAGCCAGGAACACCCGCUCUCCCUGCCUGGCUGCCGGAGCCCAGCCGGAGCACGCCUGGCCUGCCGUCCCCCGCUUUUUCCUGCCACCUCUGCGGCCGCUCCCUCCGCGAUGACGCGGAGGCCCUCGCAGCUUACCUCGGUAGCCGGGAGCCCGUGCUGAGGUACCGGUCCGACGACCCGGAGGAGGAGAAGCUUCUGCUGGAGGAGAUUGUGACCCGGGCUGUGUUUCCAUCCGAGGAGAAGGAGGAGGCUGAGCCCCAGGAGGCCUCGUUUCCUGAGCUGGACGGGGCCUACAGUCUGGCCCCGGCCUACCUCUUCGCCCUCUGCAUCCAGCACACAACCGACACCCUCGGACCCCGCGGGAUGCCCGGCUUGCUCCUUCGGAUUGCAGGCCUCGUCAAGAAGGUCACCUGGGAGAAGAUCAAAGAACUGGGAGAGAGGCCACCAGAGAGUCAGCCUCCGGAAGGUUCCGAGAAAGGGGCGGAGGCCAUGACCCCUGACUUGCGACCCCUGAUGUUCUGGAUGGCCAAUGCCGUGGAGCUCUUGAACUUUGCACAGCGGAAGGCAGCCGAGGUGGAGAGAGACGAUGAUUUCUGGGAUGACCCGUCGGACUCUCAGGACCUGGAGUCGUGUGAAGAAGCCAUGUUGCUGCUGGACGAGGUCAUUAUGUACACCUUCCAGCAGUGUGUGUACUAUGUCACUAAGGGUCUGUACUCGGUGCUGCCAGCGCUACUGGAUACGAACCCCUUUGCGGGGGCCGCCGAGGGGGCACCGCAUGCACCGGCAGGCGUGGCCCGGGUGCUGUCGCUGUUCAGCCGCACCCUGGCGCUCGCCCGGCGCUCCCUCCUGCACGCAGAGCUCCGUGACCAGAUGUUUGGCUACCUGUUCUUCUUCUGCAACACCUCUCUGCUCAACACCCUCAUGGAGAGAGGAGAGAUCGGUCCCUUCUACCAGUGGACUCGGGCUGUGCAGAUUCGAACCAACCUGGACCUGGUGCUGGACUGGCUGCAGGCGGCCGGGCUCGGGGAAAUCGCUGGGCGCUACUUUCAAAAACUCUCAGCCACUGUCAAUCUACUGUGCGUGCCCAAGACCAGCUUGUUACAGAUGAGCUGGGACUCACUCCGGCAAGACCAUUCAGCCCUGAGUCCAGCACAAUUACAUCACCUCCUCAAUAACUACCAACUGGGACCAUCCCGAACUAAACCACCAGCCUGGGAGCCCCCCACUGCUGCUGUGGAGGAGCUGGAAAAAGGCGACAUCUUCGAAAGUUUUACCGAGCACCCGCCCCUCAUCCUGCCGUCCUCGGGCUUUCGUCUCUCCCUGUCAGAGCCACUGCCCAGCGACGAUCUUCAUCGGCAACUCCAGCACCUCCGUACCUUCCUGUGGAAGCGGGCCAAGGAGACCCUCCCCGCCAACCAACGGCCCCCCUUCUGAGGGAGCACCCUCUCUUCUCCCUUGUCCCCAUCCACCACCCCACGACUCCCACCGCGCAGGUCCAUCUGGGCAACUUUCUGAUCCCGGCGAGGCAGGGGGAAGAUCUGGGGCGACUCUGCCCCUCCCUGACUGAGUGAAAGAGAUCCCUUCCCCCACUCUGAUUGUUAACGUGUGAGUUCUAUCUCCCACCAUGUCUGUGACAGGGGACCUCCUCUUCAUAGCCCACCGUAGGUAGUCUCUCACACUCUCAUUGUGUGUGUGUGUGUGCAAAUGUAUAUAUGAGUGAGUGUGUGCCUGUGUGUGAGUGUGUGUCUGUGAGUGUGUAUGUCAGUGUGUGUGAGUGUAUGUGUGCCUGUAUGUGAGUGUGUGCAUGGGCGUCUUUCUGUCUGUGUGUGAGUGUGUGUGUCUAUAUCAGCAUGUCUGUGUGUGUGCAUAUGUGUAUAUGAAUGAGUGAGUGUGUGUGUGUUUGAGUGUGUGGGUGUAUGUGUCUGUGAGUGUGUGUGGCUGUGUGUGCUUGAAUGUGUGUGGGGGUGUUUCUGUCUGUGUGUGUGCCAGCGUCAGUGUGCAUCUGUGUGUGUGUUUGUGUCUGUGUGUGUGAGUGUGACUGCGUGUGUUUAUGCGUGUGUGAGUGUGACUGUGGGGUGUGUAUGCAUGUGUAUAUGAAUGAGUGUGUGUGUCUGUCUCGGAAUGUGAGAGAGACUGUGAGAGGUAUGUAUGACUGGCUCUCUCUCUCUCACACACACACACACACACACACACACACACACACGCACACACACACUCACACACACACACACACACACACACACUCACACACACACACACAAACUCACACACACACACACACUCACACACACACACACACUCACACACACACACACACACGCACACACACACUCACACUCACACACACACACACACGCACACACACACACUCACACUCACACACACACACACACAAACUCACACACACACACACUCACACACACACACACACUCACACACACACACACACACGCACACACACACACACACGCACACACACACACUCACACUCACACACACACACUCACACACACACACUCACACACACACACACGCACACACACGCACACACACACACACUCACACUCACUCACACACACUCAAACACACAUACUCAAACACUCACAGACACACACACACACUCACAGACACACACACUCACAGACACACUCACAGACACACACACACUCACACUCACAGACACACAAACACACUCACAAACACACUCACAGACACACACACACUCACACUCACAGACACACACACACACACACACACACUCACACUCACUCACACACACUCAAACACACA